AUGGCAGACUUUGAAUAUGUAUCCAGGUCCGAUGCGACAACGACAACAGCUCUGCAGCCCCCCCGCGAUUUCAGUUACCAUUUCUCAAGGGUGACUUUGGCCAGGAAAGAGAGUCAGGUCAAGGAAUUCUACAAGUAUUUCCAGAUUCCCGGGAUUGGGAAUCUUGCCGGUGGCCUUCCAAAUGCUUCUCUUUUCCCCUACGAUACACUCGAGGCCCAGAUUGCACAGCCAGAACGGUUCGAACCCACUCCCAACGACCCCAAUUCCCUCUCCGAGAAACUUGCUUCAACCUCCCUCAAGACGCCUGAUACCAGCGCCUCUGCCCAUCUGACCAUCCCCCAUCUCUCCGGUAUCAAGAACCCGCUCCAGAAAAUCGAUCUGACCACCGCGCUGCAAUAUGGGACUGCACAGGGUUACCCGCCCUUAUAUUCCUUCCUGCGCCAAUUCACACGCGAGAACCUCCAGGUCAACGUGCCGUAUCUCGGCGGGCCGGAAAUCAUCCUCACGUGUGGGAACACGGAUGGAUUUUCCAAGACGAUUGAAGCCUUCACUAACCCGUGGAGUGAGGAGCGCGAUUGGAUCCGGGAGAGACCGGCCAUCUUGUGCGAGGAAUUCACGUUUAUGAACGCCCUGCAAGCGGCGACACCUCGCGGAGUCCAAGUUGUACCAGUGAAGGUCGAUCUGGAGGGCAUGCUUCCUGGUGGACCAGGUGGCUUAGAGGAUGUCUUGGAGAACUGGGAUGAGAGUAAGGGCAAGCGACCACAUCUUAUGUAUACCAUAACAAUCGGCCAAAACCCCACAGGUGGAACUCUCUCUGUCCAACGCCGCAAGGAGAUCUACGAUAUCUGUAGCAAAUACGAUGUCAUGAUCAUCGAGGACGACCCCUACUGGUACUUACAAUUCCCUUCUGCCCCCACUCUAGAAGCUUCAGCCCGCGGUCUCCCCCCGCCAACAACCUCAGCACACACAUUCGAUAAGUCCUCUGGAUUCCCCUUCCUCGACAGUCUAGUACCCUCCUAUCUAAACGUCGACACCGAAGGUCGCGUGAUCCGGCUCGACACCUUCUCCAAGACCGUCGCGCCCGGCUGCCGUCUCGGCUGGAUCACCGCACAACCCGCGAUCAUCGAGCGCAUCCUCCGCAUCACUGAGACCUCGACCCAGCAGCCAUCCGGCUUCGUCCAAUCCAUGAUCGCCGAACUAAUCAUGGGCCCCCAACCCUCCGCGACCCGAGCACAGUUCGCAAGCCGGUCCAAAGCCAGCCAGCCCACCUUCACCGGCUGGAAAGUCGACGGCUGGGUGCGCUGGCUCGAGGGUCUCCGCGGCGUGUACGAGCGCCGCAUGACGCGCAUGUGCACGAUCCUCGAAGCCGGCCGCCACCAGCUCAAGCAAGGCACGCCGCUCAAAGCCAGCGAGAGCGAAUGGGCGGUGAUCUCCAAGACCACCAUGUACAGCUUCGCGUGGCCGCGCGGCGGCAUGUUCCUGUGGGUGCGCAUGCACUUCGACACGCACCCGCUCGCGCGCUGCAUGCCGGGCCCGCGCCUCGCCAACGCGCUCUUCCUCUUCAUGACGCUGAAACCGCACCUGGUGCUCGUCUCGCCGGGUCCCAUGUACAGCUCGACGGACCAGGUGCGCGACGAGCGCGGCUGGCAGUACUUCCGCUUGUGCUUCGCGGCCGAGACGGAAGAGGAGGUGGAUGCCUCGUCGACGCGGUUCGCGGCCGCGGUCGCCAAGUUCUGGGAGAUUAGGGAUAGGCGCGAUAUUGAGGAUAUCGAGACGUUGGGUGGGGUUGAGGGGGUGCAGGCUAGGCAGGGCUUGGGGAUGGGUAUGGGGUGGGGGUGUUAG